AUGGAACUCAUAAGACGAGGCCACUGCCCACACUUACCGUUUCAGCAUCAACGCAUCAUGAGACUUAAUUCAAGGCAACAUCAUUUAGAGUUUUGGCAUCAUUCAAUGGUCUGCCAAAUAUCCCGAUCUAAGUGCUUGGUUAGUGCAUCAGCAUAUGCCCUGUGCAAGUGGUCAGCUUGUCGCAAGAUCCCUGGUGUUUUGUCUCCAAGCGAACUUGAUGCGCCUGUGUGCCGUAACGGAUUGCAAAAGACAUAUGCAGUUCCUGCAGAUGAAAUGGAGCGCAUCGAAUGCCAAGUGGAAGCUGAUCCUACCAAUGUGGAUUUCAAGUGGAGUUUUAGUAACACUGCUGAUCGCCAUUACAACGUUUCGUACACUAGUGCAGGGCUAAGAAGCGUCGCUAGCUACACUCCACGUUCUGCUAGGGAUUAUGGAACUCUAUACUGUUGGGGAAAAAAUUCAGUAGGUGAACAACAGAUGCCAUGUAUAUUUACAAUAAUUCCUAUUGGGCCUCCAGAAACUCUUCAGAACUGCACAUCUACUAAUGUCACUAUGUCCUCUGUGACGAUAAUUUGCAUACGAGGUCCUAGGCAAGACCCGGAUCUCAAGUACAAUUUAGAAAUGUACAUGUAUCACAGUCACGAAAUGCUUUAUCAAACCAGCAGCGUCACUCCUUAUUUUGUUAUAUCUAAUUUACCGACAGAUUCUGAAUUCUUAUUCGUUGUCUAUGCUGUAAAUCAUAACGGAAAAAGUUCUCCGGUGAUGGUUAGAGUAUGGACACUGCGCUCUCCAAUGGAAGAAAGAGUCUAUCGGGAACAACACGCAGAUGAAGCUUUAUCAGGAGAAUUCUCAUGGAUUGGACCAAGUCUCCUCAUUGCAGCUGCUCUUUGCUGCUUUUUACUAUUCAUGGGUGCUGCGCUGUGGACCAAGUUCAGAGGUGGUCCAGGAUGCCAAAAAU